CGAUCAACCAUUCUACAUAACCUUACAUUGCAUUUGUGAAUUCGUUUUGACUUUUGAGUGAUGUUGUUUGUAUAAUCGUAAACGACUAUAAUAUUUAUUAUAAAUUUUUUUUGUUUUGAAAAUUUGUGCUACGAUCAUGUUUCGAUUGCGUGUUUGUGCAAGAUUAGCUGCUCAACUACCAAGAGCAGCAUUAGUAAAUCAAAUAUUUCAAAGAGAGAUCAAAAGAUCAGUCAGACCAGUUUUAAUAGAACUGACAAAAAGGAAAAGAAUGCAAAAAGAUCCUAUAAGUCAACCAAGAAACAAAUGGAUUGAUUGGAAUAGGGAUGCUGAGUUAUAUGCAUUCAAUCAAAGAUUAUCAGAAAAAUUCAAGACUGAUUUGUUAGAGCAAGCUUUUACACAUAGAUCUUACAUAAUUCAAGAAGAAGACGAAAGAAAAAAAGUUGGUUUGGAAUCACAAUUACAGCUUGUUGAUAAUCAAGAACUUAUAGAUGAGGGAAAACAAAUUGCAUCUCUUGUUGUAGAAAAUUAUUUAAAUGAAGUUUUACCAUUGGCACCUCGAGAAUGUAUACUAGCCUUGAAAAACUAUUUAUUGGCUGAAGGAAAUUUAGCUAAGACAUCUUCAGGAAUUGGAACAAAAGAUCUCAUUUUAACAGCAGAAUAUCCAGUGUCUGAAGAAACUCUAAUGAAUACAUUCUAUGCAUUAGUUUCGGCUUUGAAUAGAAGUGUUGAUUUGGAGCAUGUCGGCAAAUUUAUUCGUGACAUUGUUAUAUCUACUUUGGCAGAAAAAGAUCUAAUAGAAAUUUGGUGUCCCGAAGACCCAAUGGAAAUUUUAAAUGAUAUUCUUGAUAGAGAAGGAAGGGCAUAUGCAGAAUCUAGAAUAAUAGGGCAAACUGGUGUCAACACACUUAUUCCAGUAUAUAAUAUAGCAGUUUAUUCCAAUAAAGAAUUUUUGGGCUCUGGAAUGGGCGAUUCAAUUGAAGAAGCGGAAAAAAUGGCAGCUCUCAAUGCAUUGUUGAGAAUGUUUGAUCUAUUAGAUUCUAGUAAACCAAUCAGUUGUAAUUUACCUAUAAGAGAUGCUGAAUGUAAUUCUUCUCUUGAAUCUUGGAAGAGAAGCGAUAAAGUUUAAAGCUCAUGUUGUUAAUUUAAAAAAAUAAAAAAAUUUUCUUUAUUGUUAGAUUUGACUUGUUUGUGUAAAUAUUAGCUUUAAAAUUCUGCAAACAUCAUUAUAAUAACGACUAUCUUUUUAUGAUGCUCAAUUAUAAGGUCAAAAUAAAAAUGUUCUAUUGAAGUAAAAUAAAACAUCACAAAAUGUCAAUUGAGAAUAUAGGGAUUAUUGGAGUAUAUGAGUAUUUAUAUAAAGAUUCAUUUAUAUUUUUUACAUAUGAUAUAUUUACUACAAAUCUAGGAGCGAAAUUGUGUUUAUUGCACGAUAAUUUAGAGACAUUUUUUUUAUUAAUUUGGCUUUUUUAAUCAAUUCGAUGCAUGACAAGCUCUUGUGUCAUGAAAUAAUUUUUUCAAUGAAUCGUAAUUUUUCAUCUCAUAUUGCUCUUGUCAGCAGUAAAUUUUUAUAAGAUAACAAAAGCGUACCAAGUCCUAUGUUAAUAACGAAGAUUGGGUUGUUUUUUGAUUCCAAGUUCAACGAGAUACUUUUUUGAGUUGGAUAGCGAAAUAAUCUAUCUAAUCUAAACC